AUGGAAUGGCUUCAACAAGGCUCACUUCUUCAACCGGAGAAUUGGGGAGUCCUGAAGUUCUCACAAACACCGAGUAUUGUCUUCAAAGGUCUCAAAACUCAAAAAGACACUAUCACAUAUACAUCAAAGCCGUUGGUAUCAGACAAGGACUGGAGUCGGUGGCUGGACGGAGAGGCUUCUUCGUUGAAUCAACUGAGUAAACGUUCAGAAAACCUGUCGCAUUUGAAAAAAGGUGAAAACAAUGGCGAGAACCCACAAAGUCGACUCACACUAUUAAAGCUCAAUGCUAGCUUCAAUCCAAUGAUAUUGCAGCGCACACAUGAAGAUCUUCCAGUGAUCGUUUACAACUGUCGAUCAUCGGCGAAUUGGCCAGGCGACUUGGCUUUAUCUGUGACAUACUGCCCAGGCACCAAUUCGACCAAAGGCGUACUCUAUGGCUGCAACGAAAGAGUUCGCGAGCAAGUGGUUGACCAUAUGUCCACCUGCGACUAUAGCUCAUAUCAUCCGCUCACUCUACUAACUCUGUUCGCUGAGAUUGAGCGCGGGCGUCACUUCAACCUGGCCAACCCGAUGGUGAGAAAGCUGAUGCAGAGGGCUCGUAACAUUGCCACGGCACACCCUCCACCGGCAUAUAUAGGAGCAUCACAGCCAAGUGGAGUCAUCCAGGAGCCAGAGGAUUACAUGCAGCUAUGGUUUGAGAUCAGUUGUUUGAAGAAUGGCCUACAAAGCUGGCGCCAGGAGCUGCAAAAGAUGGUCUCGCACUGUGAAGACCUUACCCGGGCGAAAUUUCAUAUCUCGAAGAGACCCCCUGAGUCAACCGAGUCGACUCCGGUCAAUACGAUCCUCUCAGUGGAUGUAUUUGACAGCGGGGAUGCUGGUGACACGCCCGUGAAUGAGGUCGAGGACCUGACUCUUUCUGGACGCCGUAUCCGACAAAGGCUGCUUGAGAUACAAGGCGAAUACGACGAAAAGAUAAGGGAAUGCGGCAUGAUUAUUGAGGGUAUGGUACUGGCAGCCCAGCUAGAAUGGAACAAUAUCGGCCAAAGCGAUACACGAACCAACCAAAAAAUAUCCAGUUCCAACCUUGAGAUCGCAAGGGCCACCCGAGAGGAUGGACAGCAGAUGCGUUCUAUCGCCAUGCUGACGAUGAUAUUUCUCCCGGCUACCUUCGUUGCCAGUCUGUUUUCCAUGUCAUUCUUUGACUGGAACCCUGACCAAGGCAAAAAAAUAUUGUCUCCCUACAUUUGGAUGUACGUUGUCCUUACAGCAGGACUGACUGGGCUGACCUUGACCCUGUGGUACUUCUUUGGCCGUCCCCACCUCAAGGAGAAAGGAGACUGCGAUGACGUUGAAAGUCAGGGUGGAAGCCGGCAGCAAGCUGUAGAGAAGUGA